UCCACUUGUGAGGGAGAGACACACUUCCAAACUGCGACUGAGCGAGAGAGCCGAGUAGCGAACGAGCCGAAAGGCACUGGGCCAUGGACGCGCUCUGACUUGGCCCUGGAUUAGAGCCGCGCUGUGAGGAGACUGUUACCAGAGAGCCGGAGCUUCCGACCCGCUGUGAGGAGACUGUUACCACAGAGCCGGACCUUUAGACCCGCGACAGGCGAUCGGACACAGGCCUCGGGGAUGUUGAGCUCCGUGAAGAUGGAGAGCCACGAUCUGCCUGAGUGGAAUACUUUCUACAGCGAAGCCAGCGAGAUGUACCCGUCCCCCUCCUCCAUGACGUCUCUGGGCUCCAUGGGCUCCAUGGGCCCCAUCAACAGUUACAUCAACCUGAACACGGCCCCCAGCCUUAACAUGGCCUACCCCAGCCCGGCCCUGAGCAGCUCCCCUCUGGGCUCCAUGAGCCAGGGGCCUGCGCACAUGUCCCUGUCUCCGGUCAGCUCGGCUCCUCUCACGCAGCUGGGCUCCACGGCCCCGGCUCUGGGCUCCAUGUCACAUUAUCAGAACGUGGGCCAGUCCAUGAGCCAACUGGGCUAUCCUUCCACCGCUACUAUGAGCCGCAGUCCCAAAGAAGCUCCGCCCAAACCCUACCGGCGCUCCCUGACCCACGCCAAACCGCCCUACUCCUACAUCUCACUCAUCACUAUGGCCAUCCAGCAGAGCAACAGCAAAAUGCUCACUCUCAACGAGAUCUACCAGUGGAUCAUGGACCUGUUCCCUUAUUACCGUGACAAUCAGCAGCGCUGGCAGAACUCCAUCCGCCACUCUCUCUCCUUCAACGACUGCUUUGUCAAAGUGGCCCGCUCGCCUGACAAGCCUGGCAAAGGCUCCUACUGGACCCUGCACCCCCAGUCCGGAAACAUGUUUGAGAACGGCUGUUACUUGCGGCGCCAGAAGCGCUUUAAAAUUGAGGAGAAGGCAGCUAAGAAGGCCUCCAAGAACCAGGAGGGCUCCUCCAAAGGCCCCCGAGCUGAGCCUGAGGAGCACAGCCCCACGCGGGCCUCAGACGAGCCCGAUUCGGCCCACUCAGACAGCUCUCACCCAGGCUCUGCGUCUGAGGAACCCACCUUGCACCGCUCCUCUCUGGGAUCUAUGGACUGUCCCCCUAUGCCCGGCUCACACCUGCACCCCCCCAGCUCGGCGUCACCCCCUAUGGGCCUGUCCUCCUCUCUGUUGCAUCAGGGGGGCCUGCUCCCGGGGGCCAUGCAGCAGCACCUGGAUCUUCACAGCGAUCUCAAGUCACUGGACCCUCAUUACAACUUCAACCACCCUUUCUCCAUCACCAACCUCAUGUCCAGUGAGCAGAAGAUGGAGCUCAAAAGCUACCAGGAGCAGGUCAUGGGCUACGGCUACGGAGGGGCCUCUCCAGUGGGGGCCAAACCGGUGUAUGACAGCCCCGGGGCCGCAGCCAUGGACUCAGGGGCCUACUACCAGACGCUGUACAGCCGUUCGGUGCUGAAUGCCUCCUAAUGGUCAGUGUGUGGACAGUGGUGUGUAUAGAUGUACAUAUGAGGGGAGAGGAUGUCUUAUUUAUAAGGGAGAGCUAAUAUAUGUGCAGCCUGCUGGGCUGUAGAGCCUGGUUACUGUGGUGUUACUGCUGUUGUUACGUCGGCAGCCCGUGUUACAGCCUGCUCACGCGGGGCCCGUGUUACAGCCUGCUCACGCGGGGCCCGUGUUACAGCCUGCUCACGCGGGGCCCGUGUUACUCAUCAAAAUGCCUUCCACAUUUCAACUCGGUCACUUUUGUAUCUUUAGACUUUUGUAUGUAUUUAUCUGCGUCUGCAAUGUCUGGACUCAGACUGGAGCCUUUUGUCCUUCAGCUUGGAAUGCUUCUGAACCACUUCUGUCAUUUUAUACUUUUCACGUGAAAAUGUUUAUUUUCUCAAUACGAAGAAUAAAGUUAUUUAAUAGUC